UUCAAACUUUGAGCGGGUCCAAAAUGGCGGAAGAAGCUACGAGACAACUCCCAAAUUUGGAGGACUCUUUGUCAUAUUUUACAGACGAAUCAGCCAGUACGAAGGUUCGAGGCAAUAUAAAGCUGCAGCUGGCCCUGGAGGGGAUAGAACAACACGCCCAGAACAAGGGCCUGAGUCCUGACACCAUCCUGUCUCUCACUCAAGUCAUCACCAGCGGGAAGUUUGCGGAUUCUACCAACAGCCGACUGGUGAAGUGCCUGAUCCCUGCCACUACUGUACCAGAGGAGGCAGCAGUGAGGGCCAUCUCAUGGAUGUGUACCAACAAGCCUUCCAAAAAUGUUCAGGCUCUCUUGCUGCGCUGGCUGGUUCUUGUGUAUGACCUGAUUGACGGGAAGGACAAGCUGCAUGCCUUAUAUGGAGUCCUGUUCUUCUUCAUACAGAGUGAUGUCCUGUGCCCACAUGUUUGUCAUCUGCUGUAUUUGCUGACAAGGAAGCAAGAUGUGCGGUUGUUCCGUGUGCGUCCCCUGUUGGACAUGCAGACCAGAGUGGGUGCCCAGCCCCAUGUGACAGGCCUGCUGUCCUUAUACAAACUGUACCGCCCUGAACUCAUCAACGUACCACUCAAAACACACAGGGUCUUUUUCAAACAGACAGAUAAAGCAUGGGCAGCCCUGAUUCGCCAGGUUCAGCUGAGAAACUGCCCCCGAGAGGAGAGGGACCAAUGGCUGAAGACGACACAAAUCCCCAUCACAAAUCUGAUCAAUGAUGUAGACCCAACAACAGAACCGAGAGCCAAGAAGGCCAAACUGGACUGUAUCCCUGCCAUUGAGUACUCUGGAUGUUUGGACCAGAACACGACUGCCCAGUCUGACAAAGUACCAGUUCAGCUUGUCGGCUCCUUCCAAGAGUUGUUGAAUAACUUGGAUAACCUGGAACUGCCCAGCCAGGCUGCAGCAGUGUUGCGUUCUCAGUACCUCCAACACCUGGUGAGCUGUCAUCCCCAGCAGCAUGUGGCACAUCGCAUUGGCUACUGGCUCUACAGGACACUGCACCAAGAUCUAGUGGACUGUCCCUCUGCCAGCACCAAACCCAGGGUAGAGAAACUAUUAAAGGCUCUCAUCAACUUUACAGACUUCUUACAGGAGGGAGUUCCCCUGUGUGAGAUGUUCCUAUGGGAGUAUCUGUUCACCUGGAAUGGACUGGACCACCGACCGCAAAUCCUCCAGCUCAUCACAAGGUCCAGACUGCAUCCCUUCCAGAGACUUAAUGACUACGUUCUGGAACCACUCAGAAGGCUGUUCUUCACAUCCAGGGUCCACUGUAAGUGCCAGAUCCUGGCCUGUCUGACAGAGUUACUGAGGAACCAUGUGUCUGUGGAGUGGGCACGGCACCAGCAAACACAAAACUCUGAGGAAGAGACAACCAGCCUGUCCCUGUUUCCUGUGGACAGUGAGGUGUUCCCGGCCCUACAGUCUAUCCAGGAGCUGGUGUUCUAUGUGGACAGGCUGUGUGUGGUGGGACUACAGCAGGAGGACGGACAUGCCAUGCUCAUGCACUAUACACUGGGCUUCUUUGAACUGGUGACCCAGCUACAGCGCAGGUUUGACAUCCCGUUGGUGCAUGCCCCGUCUGCACCUAUAGUGUACAUGGCCAUGUUUGACACCAACGCCCUGACUGUGGCUCGCAUAUGUGCCAUCAUGUAUGGGUUCAGAGAAGAGGUAACCUCCCUGAAACAGAAGCCAGUACAGGAGUCGUAUGGUUUCACCAGCUCCAGCAUUAGGAAGUUCAACAACUGUAUCCUAGACAUCUGUGAUGCUCUGUGGAGGUGCAAGGCCUUCAGCAGUGGGAAGAAUGAGGCGAGUGUCUUCCACGUGCCAAAGUCGGUUGUGAAACAGACUGGUAUUGAAGGCGUUGGUGAAAGUUUCUCCCUGUACAACCACAUAGCACUGCAGGGCUUCACUCACACUUUCCUACAGAAGUCCCUGCCACCAGGAACCCCUAUCACACCCAGGCCUAGGUCCAGACAGAGUACCCAGGACAGGAGUGCAUAUCUGGACUUCCUGACUUCCCAGGGUCUGGAGGGGAUCCAGGGUUUCAUCAGCAGUUUUAUCAAAGUGGGAAAGUCCUCCACUCCCAGUUCUGCUGCACCUUCCACUGCUAGUUCUACUGCAACAUCUGCAUACAGCACUUAGAGUGCUACACAGGACAAGCUAGGGCAAGAACCACAUAAUGUAUAUUAUCUACACUGUAAAGAGUUGUAAAGGUUUCUCUGGGGAUAAAUGGGUUUUCCUAUUAUCAUAUGAUGUAUUUACAGAUAUGAAGGGCCAUUUUUUAUGUCCACAUCAUAUAUGCACUGGAAUGUUGUUAAUGCAUAACUAACACCAAUCUUACAGGUAAUAGUUUUCUGUAAAAUUCUAGCAAGAUGCUGUGGUAUUUUCAUGUAUGAAUUGCCAUGCCCAUUAUGAUG